AUGUCUCUCGCCGACCUUCCCAAUGAACUCUUGUUCGAAGUCAUAACCUGUCUCACCACACCAAAAGAUCUCAACGCGUUCGCCCAAACCAAUAAACACUUCUAUCUCCUUUCAAAUGACAAACUUUACCAUGCCCUGGACAAGCAACAAAUAUCAAGCAUCGUUGAAUGGACAGCAAAGGAGGGAAAAGUUGAAGUGGCGAAAAAUAUCAUCGAAAAAUGCAAAGACACAGACCGAAUGGAUGCCAUCGAGGCCGAAACACCAAUCAUCAUUGCCGCAGGAACUGGAUAUAUCAAAAUAGUCGAGCUAUUCCUGGAGCACGCCUUUACAAACGACAGCACAAAAAGCAAGGCAGCGACUCGAGCAGACCAGUUUCGUUCAGCAGUGUUCUGCGCUGUCCUGUUCAAUCAUAAGGACAUAGUCAAGCUGCUUUUCAACUUCAAGCCCCAUAUAAACUUCUACAAGCACAACUUCUUCAGUGCACACCCAUUGCGUGAUGCGGCUAGAUGCCAACUUCUCUCAAUGUCCAAGCUGUUGAUCAAAUAUGGAUGUGAUGUCAAUGAUCGCAGUGGAGGUGGACCGUCACCUUUGGCAAUUGCCGUGGAAAAAGGACAUGUUGGAAUGGUUCAAUUGUUCCUUCAGAAAAGCUCACUACAAGACGGCGCCGGAAAUGAAAGCCCUAUCGACGCAAAAUACUUUCGUGACUUGGUCACGCGCGCCGUGAGAUCUGGACAGAAUAAAGUAGUCAAACUACUGUUCAACUUCAAACCCCAUCUAGGAUUCUACAAACGCAAUUUUUACGCUGCUCGUCCAUUACUCAAAGCAGUUAGGUGUCAGCUCCCAUCCAUGGUCAAGCUGUUGAUCAGAUAUGGCUGUGAUGUCAAUGAUCACCGGAAAGGAGGACCCACAGCCCUAACUAUAGCUGCAUCUCAACCACCAAGUAAAACCAUGGAAAUGAUGCAGAUGAUUCAGAUUCUGAUGGAUGCCGGUGCAGAGCUUCAGGAUGAUCCCAAUGUACUACUCGAGGCCUUGGAAUCAGAGAACAUAGAACUGAUACAGUUUUUACUAGAACGCGGAUCUAGCCCACAGCAACUAAGCGAGGCCCAAAUUCUCAAAGAAUUUUCACGUAUGAAGCGCAACAGCCCUCAAGUGGGAGCUCUUCUGCUAAGCUGGCUCAACGUGGAUAGCGUCAUUGAAUCAGGCAGUAACCAGCGUUGGGCCCUACUGAAGGGGGCGAUCCUUCACCAGUUCAUCGAAUUUCUCGAACUGCUGAUAAAGGAGAAGGAUUUCCUUGCACCCUCUUACAGGCUAGAGCGUGCACGGCUAGGGAACUGUUGUCCAGUAAAUGUGGCUGCUUUCCAUCACCGCGAAGAGGCGCUUCAACUGCUUCUUGAUAACGGUGCCAAUCCAAAUGGCGAACUUGGCACAGGCCGGUCAUUGGACCUGGCACUCAGUACGGCUUUGAACAAAGGAAAGAAUUUGGAGACUGCGAGGAUUUUGCUUGAGAGAGGAGCAAACAGAAAAUUGGCUUCUCAAGACGCUGAAAAUCAGGCUUGGAUUGACCGGGCCCUUAUUUUGGACAAGGGGGAUAGACUUUGGGCCAGUAGUAUUUCCAUAUGA